UGUGUAUUUAACCCGUGACACGAUCAGCUAUUCGAAAAUAUGCAUUUUCUGAUUCGGUUUGUGUGGAAGGUAUAUUUGUGCGAUUAUUUAUUGGUAUGUUCAUUAUUUGGACAUCUAGAUGUAGCACUAAACCUAAAGUUCUGAUUUAGAACUCUUAACAUCUAGUUUAGAUCUACUUCUAGAUUUAGAAUCAGGAUGUACUCUAUAUUAGAUUUACGUAAAAAUAUAAGCAACGCGUAUAAAAUUCAAUAAAAUUGAAGCAACUUUAAAUUUACUCAGUUAUUGACUGAAUACGCCAAGUUGGCUCUAAAUCUAGAUCUAAACUCCAGCCAAGUUUACUUUUUUUAUUUUUUACUUUGAAAAAUUAUAAAGGUCAAACUAGAGUUUUUCCAGUGUGGCCAACGAGCCAAUAUUUAUUUUCUCAUUGAUAUACACCAACUGUUAAAUUUCUCGGAAAAUCGUUAGAGCCGUUUUGGAGAUCGCCUAACCACCCAGGUUCCACGAAGGAGUGACUUGAAUAGAGGAAGUCCCAUGGAGCAAGGGGCAGUCAUUGACCAGGUACUUUAUGCUCUCAAAUGGAACGGUUUCUAUCAAAAGUCAAGGUUAGGCAUUAUCCUGGCUGCGUAUGUUACGGGGGCACUUCAUUAUAUUUCUGUUGUUUUUAUAGGGAGGUCAGUACCCCACCAAUGCCGCCGUUUGCUGAGUUUAAAUCUGACAAUCCAUGACGAGAGCUUCGACGUCCUGUCAAACUCAACUGACAUGCCGUACAGAGUAAGCUACGGUCAAUGCCGUAUUGACGUCAAAAACGAUACUGACGUCAUUUUCACCACACAUUGUCGAGAGGGCUACGAGUAUGUUGAGGCCAAGAUGUCUUCCUUUGUCUCUGAGUGGGACUUGGUGUGUGAAAAAGAGUAUUUCUCCGACGUCUCUCAAACUGUUCUCGCAGGGGGCUACAUCUUUGGAGCCUUAUUCCUGUCUCGAUUCGCUGACGCCUAUGGCAGAAAAGUGCCCUAUGUACUGGCCAAUUUGGUCUUCUUUGUGGCGGAAGUGGUCAGCGCCUUUUCACCCACUUACAUCUUUUUCAUCGUUUUAAAGUUUAUAUUAGGAGCUUCUGGUGCAUGCAUGUACCAGUUUGGCCACAUCCAACUUCUGGAACUGAUGCCAACAUCACACAGGGCCCUCAUAGAGAAACUCAAUUCUUUCAUGUGGACGGCGUCCAUGUUGUUGCUGUGUUUGGUCGCCUACCUGACCAGGGACCUGGACUGGCAGUACACUAUGGUCAUACUUGCCAUGUUCACCAACUACGCCCCUUUCCUUUGGUGGACCACAGAUGAGUCCAUCCGAUGGCUUUGUGCAUCUAAAAGAUACCAAGAAGUCGAAAGGAUCGUUGAGAAGAUUGCAAGAAUCAAUGGCGUGGAUCCCAAGACGGCUCUGGAUGUUUUGAAAGAAAACGGGUAUUCCCACAAAGACCAGGAACUCAAUGAUAUAGGCCUAGAAGUAUUACCAGAUUCAGUGCCGCAAGUAACAAGUGCUGUGGACCAACAGGGAAACAAUGAUAUCAAGUUGUCCAAGUUACUUAUCAAUCGAAGAUUUCUCAUCGUGACUUCUAUCACGUCCUCAAUAUGGUUUGUCGACGCUUUGUCUUACGAUGGACUUCUGCUCGUGUCACCAAGCCUGCAUGAAGACUUCUACCUGGGAUUUGUUUUAGCAGUGGUCAUAGAGUUUCCUGCCACGAUUUUAUUUUGUUUGCUAAUUAAUAGGAUUGGUCGAAAGAAGUGUAUUGCCAUAUUUCAUCUUCUGGCUGGAUUCUUUUUGGUGGUCUCAACAGUUCUUCUACAAACAACAAUUUCAGAGUACAUUCCAUACCAUUACUGGAUCUCAUUGCUUCUAUCUCUGCUCGGAAGACUGGCUUUAACAACAGGAUACUCGUCUGUACUCAUCUUUGUCCCUGAAUCAUUUCCCACUUCAGUCAGAAACAUUGGAUUUGGUAUGACAUGCGCAGUGUCUUCUUCCGCUUCCUUACUAGCUCCAUAUACCCGUACUUUGAGUCGACACCUUCCCUGGGCGCCUAAUGUCUGUUUCGGCGUCAUGUGCAUCGUCGUUCCCUUGCUCGUUGUGUUCCUACCCGAGACUCGUGGACUUGAACUGAGCCAGACGUUGGAUGACAUGGAGAAAGUGACCCAGAAAACAACGAAAACACAGCCACAAUAGAUUGCAUGGAAAAAUGAAAGCAGUUCAUCCAUUAUUUACUUUUACCUUACCUUUACCUAUCCCUUAGUCUUUUGGACCGUUGGGGCACCAGGCAAGAUUUGUCGACCGUCUUUCUCCAUUCCUCACUUUUUUUUGCCUUGUUCAGAACCUCUCUCAAUGGCAGGCCUGUCCAUUCUUUAAUGUUGUCCUCCCAUCGCUUUUUCUGUCUGCCUCUUCUUCUUUUCCCUGGCACUGUUCCCUGAAGAAAAGACCUUUCUUCAGGGAACAUCCAUUAUAUGGCAUAUUAUUUACAUAGACCUUUAUGCUUGUUUCUUGUUGUAAAUGUAUGAUGCCCAGAGAACAUGUUGACAAAAAAUGUUUUUUCUUUUUUACACUUAUGGUUACAACGUUCUUGCCCGGUAAAAAAUAAAGCAAACUUCCCCUCUCA